ACGUGGAGGGAGAGGGCAUAGAGGGAGCCAACUCAGUUCCACAGGCCUCCCAGGGAGGGACCUCAUGGCAGACUCCAAAGAGGAGUUUCCGGAGCCAAAGCCAUGGGUGAAUCCACUCCCAAGGGAGACCAUACAUCGCAUCUUUGGGACCAGCCAGGCGUUCCGAAGCUUUGAUGAAAUAAGACCAACACUCUCUGGGUUAACAGUUCCUCUCAAAGUCAGGGAGUACUACCACCGAGGCCACUGGUGCUUGGAGCGAGAAGACUGGGAAACAGCUGUGUUGUUCUUCUCCCGUGCCAUCCACCUGGACCCCCAGCUGGUCGACUUCUACGCCUUAAGAGCCGAAGCCUACAUCCAGCUCUGCGACUACUCCUCGGCUGUCCAGAACCUGCGGAGGGCCCACUCCUUCCAGCCCGAUAACACCCAGUUCCUGAAGCGCCUCACCUUGGUGCUUUACCUGCAGGGCCAGUGCCUGUUUGAGCAAUGUGCCUUCCUGGAUGCCCUGAAUGUCUUCUCGCAAGCCUUCGAGCUCCAGCCUGAGAAACCCAGCUUCCGUUACCGAUGCAUGGCCUGUCUCCUGGCCCUCAGACGAUAUAAGGACUGCCUCUUACUGGUCAUCAAGGAGGUGAAGCAUGGCACAACCAACGCUGACAUCUACAUCCUCCGAGCCAGGCUCUAUAACUUCUUCGGGAAGCCCCACCUCUGCUAUCAAGACCUGCACAGCGCCUUGGUAUUGGAUCCCAAGCACCCACAGGCAAGGGUGCUGCUCAAGAUGAUGGUAGACCAGGCCCAGAAGUCCUACCGAGAUGCCAGGAUCCUAGCCGUGCAGGGCAAGCUGCAGCAUGCAGUGCAGUGUGUGAACUGUGCCAUCGACAACAACCCUCUGGACCCCAGCUUCUUCCUCUUCAGGGGCACCCUGUACCGCCGGCUCCAGGAGUUUGACGCGGCGGUGGAGGACUUCCUGAAGGCGCUGGACAUGAUGACGGAGCACCAGGAGGACAUGGUGCGGCAGGCGCAGCGCCAGCUCCUGCUGGCCUACAACGACUUCGCCGUGCACUGCUACAUGCAGGGCGCCUACCAGGAGAGCGUGCUGCUGCUCAACAAGGUCCUCAAGGACGAGCAGCAGGAGAAAGGCCUCUACAUCAACCGCGGCGAUUGCUUCUUCCAGUUGGGCUACCUGAACUUUGCCGAGGCGGACUACCAGGAGGCGCUGACGCUGAGCCCGCGGGACGAGGGCGCCAACCUGCGCAUGGGCCUGCUGCAGGAGAAGAUGGGCUUCUGCGAGCACCGGAGCAAACAAUUCCAGAAGGCGGAGAGCCACUUCACGAUGGCCAUCCAGCACAGUCCCCAGGUGGCUCAGUACUACCUGCACCGUGCCAGGAGCCGGCAGCUCAUCCAGAACAUUUACGGGGCCCGCCAGGACGUUGCAACUGCCCUGCUCCUUGACCCUAAGCAACCGAAGCUGCUCUCGCUGAUAACCAACCUCUUCCCCGGCAUGUCAGUGGAGGAGGUGCUUGGCAGCCAGGUGGGCCUCCUGGCCAAGAUGCAGCUGAGCCGGGUGCUAGAGAGCAGGCUGCAGAAUAACAUCCCUCAAGGCAUCAUGGGGCAGCUCUAUAAGCAAGAACUAGAGCGCCAGAAGGCCCGGACCCUGCAGCUUUCGUGGAAGAAGGAAAAGCUUUUGUGUGAGACCUCGCAGAAGCUGGACUCCACACCCCAGACCGUGCAGGAAGAGCCAAGACAGCCGGAAGAGGCCGUGGAUGCCGAGGAGGAGGAGCAGCCGGAGCAGUCCCGGUCCGCCAGCUACCUGGACCAGACCUCGUCAGGCUCCAUGUCAGCCUUCAGGAUCCGGUCUACCUCCGAGACGGAGACGUCCACCACCUGUCAGGAAUACAGGAGCACCUCGGCCACCCCUGUGCUCACCUCCGAUUCCUCCCUGCUGAGGACGCAGUCCUCAGACCUGGGAAACGACAAGGAAGACCUAAGCCCGAACGACAGUCCCAUAAACAAUAAGGCUUUCUGGAGCCAGAGCCAGGUGUUCAGCAAGGCCGAGGUCAUGAGGAGCCAGAGCCAGAAGCCCACCAAGACCGAGGCCACCCAGGGCCCAAGGCAAAAGCCCACCAAGACCGAGGCCACCCAGGGCCCAAGGCAAAAGCCCACCAAGGCCGAGGCCACCCAGGGCCCAAGGCAAAAGCCCGCCAAGGCCGAGGCCACCCAGGGCCCAAGGCAAAAGCCCGCCAAGGCCGAGGCCACCCAGGGCCCAAGGCAAAAGCCCACCAAGGCCGAGGCCACCCAGGGCCCAAGGCAGAGGCUCAGGAAGACCAAGGUUGUUCACAGGCGGAGCCCCAUCAAGGCUGAAGUCACCCAGGGCCGGACCAGGGGACUGAUCCGAAGUUCCAGCAAGACCAAGACUGACUAUGACCCGAGCUGGAGCCCCAACAACACUGAGGCCACCCAGGGCGAGGGCCAGUGGCUCGUCAUGGCCAAGGUUCUCCAGAACUGGAACCCAAGCACAGAAUCUAGCAAGACUGAUGUCAUCCAGGACCUGAGCCAGAACCCCAGCGAAAUCCAGGCUAGCCAGAAGCCCAGCCCUGACAGUGUCACUUCUCUCUGAAGGGGCCCCUGAGCCCCUCACUUCUUGCUGGAGAUGGGAGAUAUCCCACCACAUUGGCAUUCAGCAGUUAGACUGCUGACAUUACUCUGACCUCGUGGCUAAGUUUAUUGUAUUUGUUCUCUUCUUUUACAAAAUUAAAAACAUUAAAAACCAGG